AUAACUGUCUCAACUUCAACACAUUUAGCUCUUCAGGAUAAAGUCAGCACUUCAAAUAAAUGCCCUCUAAAAAUAUCACUAAUUGGAAUUCUCCAAGAAAUGCUGCAAGAAGUUAAAAGCAAUGAAAAUGCAAUUCUCCAAACAUUAAUAACUGACUAUAUUGGCGAAGAAUAUAAUUUUAUUGUAAAAAUUACUUUUCUGUACCUUAAUCCACAUUUUGUGCAUUUAAAAAAUACUGUACAGGCUCAGGAAUUAUUAAUUUUUGUAGUUGAGCAAAUGGAAAUUUUCAACAAUGAAUUUUAUGUAUAUGCUACUGAAAUUAAUUUUGUCAAUACACACUUUGAGAGUAAAAAAGAAUCUAUUAAUAAUAUAACUCAAGCAACUUCAGCACCUAAAAAUUUAAUUCAUUCUAAACUCUUUGUUAUGCAUCAAAAUAUCUCAGAAAACAAAAACAAAACUUUGAAAUCAAUAGAUUCUAGUGACAAUUUUGAAACAAUUUCACUAUCUGUAUCUUAUUCAUCAAAACACAUUCAAGUUGAAGAUGACAACAUAGAACAAACAAGUUAUAAAUUUGAUAUGAAAAAAAACAAUUCAACUAAUCAAAAUCAUGAAAAAA